AUGAACCACGAUUGCCAGAAUGGACAUGCGACAUUGAUCCAUGAGACCGAGACUGUCAUUGCUGGAAACAACGGAGAAAAGCCCGACCCUGAACAUCAAUCUCCAUGCCAACCCGCCAAAUUCGAGGAUGAACGACGCUGUAGUGAACGGCCGGCUAGCGAGGAUGGAUCGUUCACCAGCCCCGUCGACCCGAUGAACUGGGAUGGUCCGGACGACCCUGAGAACCCGCACAACUGGUCUUCAUGGAACACCUUUGGAACAUCAGUGUAUACACCCGCGCUCGCAGACGUCAUGCGUGACUUCGACGUAUCGCGCACGGCUGCGCUCAUCGGCAUAACGCUUUACACGCUCGGACUCGCGUUUGGUCCAAUCGUCACUGCACCACUUAGCGAAAGAAAAGGCCGAAAAGCUGUCUAUCUGGUGUUCUUCCCUAUAUUCAUGCUGUUUACUCUCGGCGCAGGCUUCUCGAAAACAUACGCGGGCCUGGUCGUGUGUCGAUUCUUCGCAGGAUUGUUUGGAAGUCCAGCACUUGCUGUUGGUGCUGGAACGAAUGCCGAUUUGUUCCCACCGCAUAAGCGCGCCUUGGCCACGAGUUUCUACUUGAUGGCUCCUUUCGCUGGGCCGUCCAUUGGACCCGUGGUUGGAGGGUUCGUGGCGCAGUACAAGACUUGGCCGUGGACGCAAUGGUCCAUUCUUUUCCUUGCGGUGGCUGUGUAUGCCACAUCUAUACCAAUGGAUGAGACUUACAAGCCUAUCAUCUUGAAGAGGCGAAUGAAGGAGAACGGAGUGCAAAAGAAACAAGAAAAUGGAGAUAUCAAGAGCGAGAUCGUUCUGAGGUUCAUUCGGCCCCUUCACAUGCUCUCAACAGAGGUAUGA